UUAGGCGAGUCAAGAUGACGGAGAAUAAAUUACUUUCGCUAUUUCGCUGGCUAAUUUUAGCGGGAUUUAUACUGAAUUCGGCGGCUUAUUCGAUUUAUCCGAGUUUCCCUGGUCGGGAAAACGGCACGUGUUACAGGAGGGUCCCGUACGACGAUGCAUUAAAAGCGGCGAUCGCCAAGGGCCUCGUCAACAUAUUGCCAGGCUCCGAAAUAGCCAGCGUAAAAACGAGCAACAGCGGCUGGCUGACCAUCAUCGACUGCUGCGACGGCUUCAAGAAGAACAACGAGACCCUCGAGUGCGAGGUCCACUGCGACGGGGGUUGCGCCGCCGGCAACUGCACCGGCCCCAACAUCUGCACCUGCGAGGACGGCUGGCGCCUCGAAGCCGGCGAGUGCAAGCCCAUCUGCAGGAACGGCUGCGAGGAGAACGCCUACUGUUUCGCACCCGAGGUCUGCAGUUGCGAAUUCGGCUACCAGGAUGUGAACGGUCUCUGUCGGCCAGUCUGCCUCCACGACUGCCUCAACGGUGACUGUCUCGCCCCCAGGCUCUGUCGCUGCCACCCGGGCUACUAUCUCAACGAGACCAAGAUGUGCGAGCCUCUCUGCGAGGGUGGCUGCCCCCACGGAUACUGCCAGAGGCCCGGAAUCUGCGCCUGCGACCACGGAUUCAUUCAUCCAUCGGAUAGUCGAGAAAACUGUGUGGCUUACUGUCCUGACACGUGCAAAAACGGAAUAUGCCAUUCUCCAGGUGUAUGCACUUGCAACGAAGGUUACACUCGCGACAGCAAUGAUUCGUGCGUGCCUCAAUGUGAAAAUGGAUGCACCAAUGGCGAAUGUGUGGCACCCGAACAAUGCCGUUGUAAUUCGGGAUACAUAAUGAAUCAUCAGUCGAAGGAGUGCGUGGAGUACGUGAACAGAGUGUUACACCAAAACUUCACAUCCUAUAAUAAGAGCAACAAUCGACAAAACGUACACGGACAAUAUGGUCAACGCGAAGGAUACAGACCCACGGAGUCAUACACCGUUCCAGAUCGAGUAAUUGGUUUGAAUGAUUCGAGAGUGACGGAAAGACCCGAAACUGUUGAUCGACAUGAGAUGUCCAGUAUUGAUCGGACGUACGAGUCACAAAGAACCAAUACGCAACAACAUAUUCCCGUGCGAACAAUUUAUGACUCGGAUAGAUCGGGCCAAUUGUACAAUUCGCGCAAUCAGGAACACGAAUCCCAAGGAAUUUAUACUUCACAGAGGCGCGUGCCUGCGGAAACGACACACCAAGUGCAAGAGAGACCUAAUCAAGAGCACAACGCCCAAAGGCCCGAUACUUCCAUUAGAUACACUUAUUCGCCUUACCGUAAUCAAGCAUCAAAUCAAUUAUCAAAUGUUCAUGAAACCAGAGGCUCUUAUAGAUCUUAUGAGAACAGCUAUGCACAAGAGCACGAGCGUAUCCUCACUGUGAAUUCUCAUUCUUCGCGCGAGCGAAAUAUUAGUGCAGAGCGAGAUCGCCACUGGAAUUCUGAUAGCAGUGAAACGCACAGACCACAAACGAAUGUUAUUAUCGAAGAAGUAAGCAUGAUACCAGAAGCACAUAUCAUUAUCACUCCCCAUAGUGUUCCCAGAGAUAAUGCACGACCGUCGAGUCGUCCAACUUACUUGCUGUUUCCUAAGCCAUCGGAGAGAGAGGGCAUAAGUGUUGAAACGGCCCGACAAAAUAUUGCCGAAGCUACUGCAGCGAUCAAACAUCCGAGCAUAAGUGAUAAUAUAUACCAACCGUGUAAUAAUAAUCGUGAGAAUCCGGAAUUGCAAUGGUAUGAUAAAACUAUUAUUCCCCAAGACAGGCAACACUAUGUCGAUCCAAUUGAUAUAUCAGCUUCGAUCAAGCAUCAUCCAGCCUGUAAAAUUCCGUGUAUAAAUGGGGCCUGCGUAGGCAUAAACCAAUGUAGAUGUAAAUUUGGAUACAGAACGGACCCCAGAAAUCCAAAUGGUAAUGUGUGCGUACCCGUAUGUACCGGUGGUUGUUUAAAUGGUGUUUGCACCGCGCCAAAUUUGUGCAUCUGUAAUGCAGGUUUUGUUAAGGAAAACGGUCAAGCAGAAUCUCAAAGAUGCGUUGCGACUGAUUAUAUAAAUAUGAAGUUUUGCGUAAGUAUUGCAACAUUUUUAAUCCUAUUGACUAAACUAGAAGGCAAAUCAGAUCAUUAUGAAUAUGCAGUUUCACGAAAUUGCACCGAGACUUAUAGUACGGUAACACAGGUAUACCUUCCUUAUACGGAAGUCUAUGAGACAAGAACGUGGUAUGGUACAAAGAAAUGGAAGACUCGUUUAAAUUAUAAAUACGAGAAUCGUACGAAUUAUCACGAAAGAGCAGUCUGCUGCAGCGGAUACGAGGAAGAUGCUGAGAUGGAAGAUCAGUGCUUGCCGAUCUGUGCAAAUUGUGGUCCGCGCGAAGUUUGCUCAAAACCAGAAACAUGCCAAUGCUCAUACGGUUAUGUAAUGGAUAAUGUCUUAAAGCAAUGCAUGCCCGUGUGCGAAUAUGAGUGUCUCAACGGAUAUUGUGCAUCGCCAAAUAGCUGCCUAUGUAACGAAGGCUUUUCGCACGAUUGGAAUUCCGAGACAACGUGCGUGCCAUUUUGUAACAAUUGUUCUAAUGUUGAGCAUUGUGCUGAGCCACAUGUCUGCCAAUGCAAUAACGGUUAUACCAGAUUUCCCAUUGAACGAUCGGACUUGGACGAGGGGGCCGAAUGCAAAGCUGUUUGCGAUAUCGAGUGUAUUAAUGCCGAUUGCGUAGAGCCAAAUAUUUGUAAAUGUCACGAAGGUUAUGAAAAGUUAAAUAAUGACGACUUUAAUUGCGAGCCAACAUGUACGUAUUAUUGCGUAAAUGGUGAAUGUACCAAUCCAAAUGUCUGUACUUGCCUCUCGGGAUAUAAACUAAAAGCCAAUAGUUCUCAUAUUUGUGAACCUGUUUGCACUAAGAACUGUAUUAAUGCAGAGUGCAUUAUGCCAGAAAUUUGUUCCUGUAACGAUGGCUAUGUCACCCUUGGAGAUGAGAAUAGUAAUACGUGUGAACCCUACUGUAGUGCCCCCUGCGUGCAUGGACGAUGUUCUGAUCCAGAAAACUGUACUUGCGAUCCCGGUUACGAGUUCAAAAUCGACAAAAACUUAUGCGAGCCAACAUGUACUGAAGCAUGCAUAAUGGGGAAUUGUACAUCUCCAGACACGUGUACGUGUGUGGAUAACUAUCGCUUAAAGAAAGGCAGUAAAUUUGAAUGCGAGCCAAUUUGCAAGGACGAGUGCACGCACGGCCAUUGUGUGGCCCCGAAUGAAUGCUUAUGCGAUGAUGGAUACGCAAAAAAAAAUAUUACAGACAAUAAUUCAAAGUGCGUUAUUAAUUGCGAAUGCGAUAAUGGACAUUGUAGUGACGUAGAGUCUCAUUGCCAGAGUUGCUUAGAAGGUUACAGCUUAUUUUCCACAAAUUAUUCAACAACGUGUCGACCGCAUUGCGAGGGUGAUUGCAUUAAUGGACGGUGCAUCGAGCCGGAAUUAUGUAUUUGUGACGAAUCUUAUAUUCUUAGUAACGAUACUCAAGGAAAUACUAUUUGCAUUCCUCUAUGUAGUAAGGAAUGUUUACACGGUGCUUGUUUACGAGAAAAGGGCAUUUGCGAUUGUUUAGAGGGAUGGUCGGGAGUAUAUUGUGACGAGCCGCUAUUAUGUUUAAUUGAUAUUGUAAAAAGUGAUCCAGUUUAUGCGCAACUGAACGAGUGA